AUGUACCCCUCUCUUGAGGUUGAACAACAUAGUGAGAAGGAUGAUGAUUCCUCCAGUUCUGAGAAGGACAUGGUUGCUGAAGGGUUGUGCUCUCUAGGGAAAACUGUGUCUGAUAAAGGAAAAUCUGUGGCAUCUAAAACUGCCAAUGCUUCAUACUCUGAGAAGCAUGAUGAUGCAAACGAUGUGAUUGACCUAGAGGAUGAUAGGUCUGAUGAUCAAGAGGAUAACUUACUUCAUCAUUUAAAGCCAAGUGUGGCUAAACGCAUGAAGACUCGAAAAGGAAGAUCUGUGGCUGAUCUUAUGUCAGCUAGAAAAGCUAAGAAGACUGCUGGUAUUGGGCCCUCCAAAUCUUGGGGCAAGGUUGAAGUGAAGAAGAGGAAGAAAACCACUGUGAGGAAGUCUCCUGUUAAAGUUGCUGUUGUGGAUUUGGAUAACAUCUCUUUCCAUCUUGAGGAUGGAGCUGCCAAGUGGACAUUUGUGAUUGAAAGAAGGGUGGUUGUGGAAAGGGAGUUGGGAAAAGAUGUUGUUGAAGUCAAGGAGGUCAUGGACCUGAUAAAGGCUGCUGGGUUGUUGAAGACUGUGGCUGGGUUCUCUCAAUGCUAUGAGGGUUUAGUUAAGGAAUUCAUUAUCAACAUUCCUGAGGAUAUUGCUGAUAAGAACAACAAGGAAUUUGGCAAGGUGUUUGUGAGGGGUAAGUGUAUCACAUUCUCUCCCAUUGUUAUUAACAAUUUUCUGGGAAGAAAAAUUGAGGGUGCAGGUGAAUUGGAAGCUACAGACAAUGAGGUCUAUAGAGAGAUUACAGCUAGGCAGCCAGCCUCAAAAGUUGGAACAAUUGAUGAGCUUAAGGAGACUUGUAAAGAGCUGGGUGAAGGGAUAAGGGUAACAACAACUAGGAAACAAUCGUUGGAAGCCUUGAUUGCCAGCUUGGAGCAAGCUGAAGGUGAAAAUAUUGAACAUACUAAGGAAGCUGAAGCCCACACCUCUAGUGAGAGAUCUGCAAACAAUGAUGAGACAAGUGGCAAUUCUGUUUCUAGUGUUGAUGAAGCUGCAAGCUCAAGCUCUACUGAUUAG